GCAGCUGUAUAAGGACGUGGUUAGUUCCGGUGAAAAGUGGUUUUCGCUGCUUUAAGGCAGUCGAUUUUAGAGAAGGAUAAAUCAUGUUUUAACUAACGGUUGUAUAAAUUUUAGGAUUAGAUGAAUUCAUUUAUUGAUACCAUGAGAACUUUUCCCCUCUGGAGGUUCUGCGCUGUAAGGCCUUCUCUCGCUGUCGAGCUCACCAUCGACUGAAGACACAAUGCAGGCCUAGCUAGCAUUUAAGGUUAACUAGCGGAAGCUAAUCGGAUUGGCAGCAGACUGCAGUGGGAUUUAAACCUCGGACGAAGCCUGUGUUUCCAAGCUGUCCUAACAUCAAAUCCGCUAUGAGUUCCCAGCUGCAGGUGUUCUCCCCUCCGUCAAUCUCCUCCAGUGCCUUUUGCCGUGUCAAAAAGCUCAAGGUGGAAAGCAACGUUUGGGAUGUGUCCACCACUGAGGCUUACGGCUCCAUAGCGGGCCAAUCCGCAUACACAUUCACCCCAGCCAUGGCUGUGCCGCCAUUUGCGCCAUCUCUGGUCUUCCCCCCUGCAGCGCCCGGCUCCAGGGGUCAAGUGGUGGUGCGAGCAGCUGAUAGCACCGGCAGUCUUCCUCGUGGAUCCAGUCGACGCGUCACUGAGCAGGCUGCAUCCUCCUCUUACACUCACGAGACAUCCUCUGAAACUAGGGGGCACAGGCACGGGCAGAAGAGAAAGAUGGAGGCGGCCAGCGACGGUAGCGGAAGCGGAUGUGGAAGUGUCCAGAUAUUAGAAGAGCUCUCAGCUCCUGCGGCAACUUACUCCACGCGUACAGGCGGCGGUGGAGGCGGCACAGGCCAGUCCAUACCUCACUCGGCUCCAACCACAAAGAGCAGCAGCUCCAAUGGUGAAGGGGAUUAUCAGCUUGUGCAGCAUGAGAUCCUCUGCUCCGUGUCCACCAGCUAUGAAGUGCUGGAGUUCCUGGGGAGGGGCACAUUUGGACAAGUGGCUAAGUGCUGGAAGAGGGGAACCAAUGAGAUUGUAGCGAUCAAGAUUCUGAAAAACCACCCUUCAUAUGCUCGGCAGGGCCAAAUUGAGGUGGGCAUUCUGAACCGACUGAGUGCAGAGAACGCAGAUGAGUACAACUUCGUGCGUUCGUACGAAUGCUUCCAACACAAGGGUCACACCUGCUUGGUUUUCGAGAUGCUUGAACAGAACUUGUACGACUUUCUCAAGCAGAGCAAGUUCAGCCCGCUUCCCCUACGGCACAUCCGCCCCAUUCUGCAGCAGGUGGCUACAGCACUAAUGAAACUGAAGAGCCUGGGUUUAAUUCAUGCAGACUUGAAGCCUGAAAACAUUAUGUUGGUGGACCCCAUUAGACAGCCCUACAGGGUGAAGGUCAUUGACUUCGGCUCUGCAAGUCAUGUGUCCAAAGCAGUGUGCUCAACCUACUUACAGUCUCGUUACUACAGAGCUCCGGAGAUCAUUUUGGGGCUGCCCUUCUGUGAGGCCAUUGACAUGUGGUCUCUAGGGUGUGUGAUUGCUGAGCUGUUUCUGGGUUGGCCUUUGUACCCUGGAGCCUCUGAGUACGACCAGAUCCGUUACAUUUCCCAGACUCAAGGCCUACCUGCCGAGUAUCUUCUGAGUGCCGGCACAAAGACUAGCCGCUUCUUCAAUCGAGGCCCUGACUCCAGCUACCCACUCUGGAGGCUUAAGACCCCAUCAGAACAUGAAAUGGAGAUGGGCAUCAAAUCCAAGGAGGCUAGAAAGUACAUCUUUAACUGUCUGGAUGACAUGAUGCAGGUCAACCUUUCCUCUCACUUGGAGGGAACUGACAUGUUGGCUGAGAAAGCUGACAGGAGAGAAUUUAUAGACCUCCUAAAGCGAAUGCUUCGUCUGGAUGCUGACAAAAGGAUCACGCCUACAAAAACUCUGGGUCACCCCUUUGUCACGAUGAGCCACCUCAUGGAUUAUCCCCAUAGCUCCCAUGUGAAGUCGUGCUUCCAGAAUAUGGAGAUCUGCAAGCGCCGGAGCUCCUAUGAAAGCAGCAAAUCCCUCUACUCAACCAAUGCAGUCCCCAGUGCUGCAGCGGGCAACCUCACCGUGACCUUCAGUAGCCAACUAAACCAGCAUAACCAGGUGCCUUCGGCAGCGGGUGCGGUGCCUUUGCUGAACUACCAGCCAGCUUUGUACCAGCAGGCGACCAUCAACAUUCCCGGGCUGACUCAACAGAGUGUCCCGAUCCCAACGCGUCCUGCUGGGCUGUGUAGCCAGACAGAACCCUUCCAGCAGACACUAAUCGUCUGUCCACCCUCCACUAUCCAAGGGCUACAGUCAUCCAGUAAGAGUUCCAGUUUCCCUGUGAGGGUGGAGAACUCUGUACCCAUAGUACCUCAGAACCAGUCUACGCAGUCCUUGCAGAUACAGCCAAGUAUGCUGACACAGGGUUCCUGCACACCCCUGAUGGUGGCCACCCUGCACCCACCCCCAGCAGGCCUAGCCCCGCAGUAUUCUCUGCCCCUUGGGCUGGGCACUGGGGUGGGUCGGCCUACCCUCCUGGAACACACAGCCACAGUGCUGGCCUGGCCCACUGGUACCCAGCAGAUCCUCAUACCAUCAUCAUGGCAGCAGGUCCCAGGCGUGGCCAUCCACGGUUCUGCCCAUCAGUCAAAUGUCACCGAAUCACCUGUGGAAACUAUUCACUCAGAUGCUCCCACGCAACAGGGACACAGCUGGCGGAGCAUUACCAAAACUCAGCAAGAGAGGAAGAAGGUGAAAGCCAGACGCGGAGAGAACAGAAACAGGGGUGUAUCUACUGCAUCAGUGGUCAGUAGUGGCGUGACUCCACCCAGCUCCAGCGCAGCCUUGUCACAGCCGAUCGUUAUCUCGGACACGCCGAGCCCAGCGGUCAGCAUCAUUACGAUUCACAGCGACACAGACACGGAGGAUGAGCAUAAGUUCCACCCUGCUAGUGUUGGACUGAGCCAGCGCACCAACGUUAUCAGCUGUGUGACCGUACACGACUCGGACUCCUCUACCGCCAGCCCCCUGACUCCCCUUCCACGCACUCUUAACCCAGCAAGCACUAUGUCAUCUCGCCAGGCCAAGUCUCUGGCAGUAGUGGCACCUUCAGUCAAAACACAGGCAUCUGAGAGAGGAGCAGAGUCCCGAGGACGCUUGGAGACUGUGAAUUACAUCAAGCCCAAGAGAUCCUCUAACAGACAGCCGUGCAGUUCAGGGGAAAGCGUGGAGCGCCAUGGACUGGUGCCAAGCCAGUCGCACCCUUUAAACCUCAGCCAGGUUCAGACAGUAGUUUCUUCAUCUCAGGAGCGUUCGGGGCUCUCCCACAGCGACUCAUCGUUACGUCGCCAGCAGACGUUCCCCCCGGCCGUCUCGGCCUCUCACUACAGCUUCCCCGAGGUGGCAGCCCUGGCGUCUGGCUCGGCUGCUGCUGCCGCCGCCAGCCUAUAUACCUACCCGGCCUCCACUGCCCUCUCCUCAGCCUCUCAGGCCACGGAGCAGCUGCUGGGCCGUGGUCACGGCACCCACGGACACUCCCCCUCCGCUUAUGCAGCAACGUACACCUCAUCCUCCUCCAGGAGAGACUCGGCCAGUCGCAAGGAUUCGGUGAGCAGCCUGCUGCACGGCCUCCCUGCAGCCUACCAGCAUCAGUUCGCCACUGGUUCUCCUUAUGUUAGUGUGACACCCCGAACAGAGGUUUACAGUGCCUACCAGCUAAGCCCUAGGCGCCUCGCGCAGUAUCCAUAUUUGUAGGAAAUCUCGCACAGAGAAUUUUGGGGGGGGGGGUCACUUCCCCAUAUGAUAUCACAAAGGGACAUUUUAAACUGUAGAGUAACUGUUGGUCACUUAUUGUUUGCUGCUUUGAACUACAAGACAGCAUUUCACCUCUCGCACAUUUAUAUGCUCUUACGGACUCGUAGUGUUAUUGAAAUGAACUUCUGUAUUAUUUAUGUAUCCUUUUUUUUUUUUUUUUUUUUUUCCUUUUAAAUUGUUUAUGGUCCACAUUUUAUCCCCAUUGUAUCCUGAUGUAUUAAUAUGGUGUUGUUGAAACAUAUUUUACAGCUGUUUUAUCUCGAGGUUAUCUGUGAAGAGAGAUUUUACUCCUGUCACAAGCUGCAACGAAACUUGAUGAGCUUCAAGACGCUGACUUGCCAGACUGGUGAAGCUGACAGUUUUUAGUUUUAAUUUUUUUUUUUUCCUCUUGUUCCUUCCUGUGAGCCUUAUUAUAAAGUUUUCACACUAAUCCACUGAGGCCCUGUGUUUUUAGUGACAUAAUAAUGACUGUACCUUACUUAUGUUUGUUUACUCAUAUACGUCUUCUGUUUAUUAAAUUAAGUUUUAAUGUCUGUGCGAGGUAGGAAGAGCGAGGUCCACGAAGAUGUGGAUUAAAAGAAGAGAUACGGUGAAAACUGAUGGAUACGUGUUAAUUUAAGUGCACAUGUGAUAGUCUGUUAAUGUAGUGACAGUGUUUUUUAGCCAGGAUUGAUUAUCCUUAUGCAAUAGAAUCUCUUUAAAAACAAAAACAAAACGACGACAACAAAAAACUACAAUAACUGAGUGCUGAAUGUAUUUAUGAAAUUCAGAGUGGGAUGCCCAGUCUGAGAAAUGAUGUGAAAAACUGUUUUUAAGUUGUAAGAGUGGGGGAAAUCAAAUGUCCUUGAAAUAAAUAUUUUUAAAAAAACCUCACAUGGGGAUGGGGGGAGAUGAAACGCAAAUUUCACCCAAAAUUCUCACGCCUCUCCAUAACAGAGGAGAUUUUUUUUUUUUUUAAAGUCCUGUUUUGUCCCUGUGACACUCUGAAACUGCUUGCUAGGAAGUUGUAACAAACUUGCACACUGUGCUACACAAGGACUGACUGAUUAAAUGUAUGCAAACUGUCUCGGUUUAGCAUUCUCAUGAAUUAUCCCGUGUCUCAAAGAGAGAUCUUUAUACUGCUAUGUCUCGCCCCACAGUCAAGACGGAGGUGCUGCUCUCCUUUACAUGUACAGCUUACUUCGUCUCAGAAAGGUUUUCUAUACUAAAGUUUGGAGAAGAGCAGUCACUGUGUUUUUGAAUUUUUAAAGGAGGUGAAUCUUUGGUUUCUUUGGAUUAUCAGCUUUUUUAAGUAAUUCCUUUCCCCUUGUUUGCAUCAGUUUUGUGUUGUAAUGUCUGUGUUUCAUCCUAACAUAGUAUAGUAAAGAGGCUGUUUGUUAGAUCUAAUUCAGGGACAAAGGUUUCAGCUAAGUAAUCCAAUUUCAUUGUUUUCCAAUAAAAUAACCUCAAAUUCA